AUGGGAUUCUUCAGUACGAUUUUUGGGUUUUGUGGAUUUGGACUUGGUAUAUCGAUUGGUCUUGUGGCUGGCUAUUUUCUUUUCAUCUACGUCCAAUCUACCGAUGUUCAGAAUCCUGAAAUUCGUCCUCUGGUUGAUCAAGAUACGGAAACGUUACAGCGGAUGCUUCCUGAGAUACCUCUUUGGGUGAAAAAUCCGGACUAUGAUCGUCUUGAUUGGCUAAACAAAUUCCUUGAGUAUAUGUGGCCUUAUCUGGACAAGGCAAUCUGCAAGACUGCAAAAGAAAUUGCAAAGCCCAUAAUAGCUGAGGAAAUUCCAAAGUACAAGAUUGAGUCUGUUGAAUUUGAAACACUGACUUUAGGUUCCUUACCACCAACUUUUCAAGGUAUGAAAGUUUAUGUCACCGAUGAGAAGGAGUUGAUUAUGGAACCCUCCAUAAAAUGGGCUGGAAAUCCUAACGUCCUUGUUGCUGUGAAAGCAUUUGGAUUGAAGGCAACUGUUCAGGUGGUGGAUUUACAAGUUUUUGCUGCUCCACGUAUUACUUUGAAGCCGUUGGUUCCAAGCUUUCCUUGUUUUGCCCAAAUAAAUGUAUCUCUCAUGGAUAAGCCUUAUGUUGAUUUUGGAUUAAAGCUAAUAGGAGCUGAUCUUAUGUCAAUACCUGGCCUUUAUAGAUUCGUCCAGGAGCUUAUCAAAGAUCAGGUUGCUAACAUGUAUCUGUGGCCGAAAACUCUUGAAGUACCAAUAAUGGACCCCGCGAAAGCCUUUAACAGGCCCGUAGGAAUUCUCCAUGUGAAGGUUCUGAGGGCAAUGAAGUUAAAAAAGAAGGAUCUUCUUGGUGCUUCGGACCCUUAUGUGAAACUAAAGCUCACGGAGAACAAUCUCCCAUCACACAAGACCAGUGUCAAGCUCAAGAACCUGAAUCCUGAAUGGAAUGAGGAAUUUAACAUCGUUGUUAAAGAUCCGCAAUCUCAGGCUUUAGAACUUCUUGUUUAUGACUGGGAGAAGGUGGGCAAACAUGAAAAAAUGGGUAUGAAUGUAGUACCUCUGAAAGAUCUACCCAAGGAUGAGCCAAAAGUUUUGACUGUCGACCUUCUUAAAAAUAUGGAUUUAAAUGAUGCUCAAAAUGAGAAGCAGCGUGGGCAGCUUGAAGUGGAAUUGACUUAUAAACCUUUUAAAGAGGAGGACAUGCAAAAGGGAUUUGAAGAAACACUGACAGUACAGAAGGCUCCUGAGGGAACUCCACCUGGUGGAGGUUUGCUUGUUAUCGUAGUUCAUGAAGCUCAAGAUCUUGAAGGAAAGCACCACUGUAAUCCAUCUGCUCGACUUAUUUUCAGAGGGGAGGAAAGAAGGACCAAGCCACUAAAGAAAAGCAGAGAUCCACGAUGGGCAGAGGAUUUUCAAUUUAUGUGUGAGGAACCUCCCAUCAAUGACAAAUUACACGUGGAAGUUGUCAGCACCUCAUCAAGAAUGGGCUUGCUCCAUCCAAAGGAAUCUCUGGGUUAUGUUCAGAUCAGUCUUUCAGACGUUGUGUCCAACAAACGUAUCAACCAGAAGUACCAUCUUAUAGACUCAAAGAAUGGUCAGAUCCAGAUUGAGCUGCAAUGGAGAACUGCUGAAUGAGCUCAAACUUUCUUUUUCUUCUUUUUUGUUUUCUCCCCUUUAAACCCUUGAGAUGGAACUUGGUACAAGAUUUGAGUCUUAGCAUACCACUUGAUAUGGAACUUCUAUACUUCAUUGUCAUCAAAUCAUAUCGAUUUGUUUGUUCUUCAUGUACAUUAUUGUAAUAAUCUUACAGCGAAGCUUAUUGCAAAGUGAAAACAAAUCCUUGGUAUUAUCAA